AGUUCGCAGGCGGGAAGGGCGGGUGUGCACCGCGAGCAUGCGCCCUGCUGAGCGAGACGGCGGCUCGGCGGGGUCAUCCGAGCGCAGGCGCAGUGCGGUGUUUGUCUGCGGGACUGACGGGCGGCCGGGCGGUGCGCGGCGGCGGCGGGGAAGAUGGCGGCGUCCUCCCUGGAGCAGAAGCUGUCCCGCCUGGAAGCAAAGCUGAAGCAGGAGAACCGCGAGGCCCGGCGGAGGAUCGACCUCAACCUGGAUAUCAGCCCCCAGCGGCCCAGGCCCAUUAUUGUGAUCACUCUAAGCCCUGCUCCUGCCCCGUCCCAACGAGCAGCCCUGCAGCUCCCACUGGCCAACGAUGGGGGCAGCCGCUCACCGUCCUCCGAGAGCUCCCCGCAGCACCCCACGCCCCCCGCACGGCCCCGCCACAUGCUGGGGCUCCCGUCAACCUUGUUCACACCGCGCAGCAUGGAGAGCAUCGAGAUUGACCAGAAGCUGCAGGAGAUCAUGAAGCAGACGGGCUACCUGACCAUUGGGGGCCAGCGCUACCAGGCGGAAAUCAACGACCUGGAGAACCUGGGGGAGAUGGGCAGCGGCACCUGUGGCCAGGUGUGGAAGAUGCGUUUCCGGAAGACGGGGCACGUCAUCGCUGUCAAGCAAAUGCGGCGCUCGGGGAACAAGGAAGAGAACAAGCGGAUCCUCAUGGACCUGGACGUGGUCCUCAAGAGCCACGAUUGCCCCUACAUCGUGCAGUGCUUCGGGACCUUCAUCACCAACACGGACGUCUUCAUUGCCAUGGAGCUCAUGGGCACGUGCGCCGAGAAGCUCAAGAAGCGGAUGCAGGGCCCUAUCCCUGAGCGGAUCCUGGGCAAGAUGACGGUGGCGAUCGUGAAGGCACUCUACUACCUGAAGGAGAAGCACGGCGUGAUCCACCGGGACGUCAAGCCCUCCAACAUCCUGCUGGAUGAGCGGGGCCAGAUCAAGCUCUGCGACUUCGGCAUCAGCGGCCGCCUCGUCGACUCCAAAGCCAAAACGCGGAGCGCGGGUUGCGCUGCCUACAUGGCACCUGAGCGCAUCGACCCCCCGGACCCCACCAAGCCCGACUACGACAUCCGGGCCGACGUGUGGAGCCUGGGCAUCUCCUUGGUGGAGCUGGCGACGGGACAGUUUCCCUACAAGAACUGCAAGACGGACUUUGAGGUCCUCACCAAAGUCCUACAGGAAGAACCCCCGCUCCUGCCCGGUCACAUGGGCUUCUCGGGGGACUUUCAGUCCUUCGUCAAAGACUGCCUUACUAAAGAUCACAGGAAGAGACCAAAGUAUAAUAAGCUACUUGAACACAGCUUCAUCAAGCGCUACGAGACGCUGGAGGUGGACGUGGCGUCCUGGUUCAAGGAUGUCAUGGCGAAGACCGAGUCGCCGCGGGCGAGCGGGGUCCUGAGCCAGCAUCACCUGCCCUUCUUCAGGUAGCCGCACAGCGGCGGCCAGCCUACUGGGGGCCGGGGGCGUGGCCACCGGCCUCCCCUUCCCCACCCGGCCACCCAGCUGCCCGCCAGGGGAGCCCUGGGACCUGGACGGCCGCCGAGGGCUGAGGACAGAAAGUAGGGGGCGCCAACCCACCCCUGACUCCCUGCCCACCAGCCAUGGACAGAUGGGCCCACCAGGCCCCAGCCCUUCCCGUCCUAGGAUCAGCCGGCUGUGCGCAUCCCCUCCGACAGACACUGUGAACGGAAGACAGCAGGCCGCGAGCAGACUCGCUAUUUAUUCAGUUGUAACCUCUGGGCUGGGGCGGCCCCCAGGGGCCGGGAGAGAGCCGCCCGUCCUGUCCCCUCCCCUCCACACCGCGCUGUCCCACCGCCGCCUUGCACGCACAUGCACCCUGGCUCCAUCUCCCUCUCUCUGUCCCCUCCCUCUCUACCUCUCUGGCUUUCCCUGUCUCCCUCCCUGCUUCUGCCUCUCUCCUGGCCCAGGCCCUGCCACCCCCGGCGGCACCCCUGGGUCCGUUUAGGUCUCCGGCAAGCCAUGAGUCAGUUGGCUGGCGUCCUCGCCCUGGGCAGGCGGGCUGGACGUUGUGACUGCAGCCAGACCCGGGCUGGUCUCUCUCUUUCUCUUUUUGAUCUCAGGGGGUCCUUUUUGGAGUUUAUCGUAUUUUAUUGUACUUGGUGGGGUGUUUGGGGGGUGGGGGGAGGAGAAGAGCUUGUUCUCAUGGGGUUUGUCGGUACCUUCAGAAACUUUUACCAAAGUCAUGUUUAGCUGCUUGUGGUGGCAGCCCCCCCGAUGGCCCACGGGUGCUGGGGGGCUGGGGGCCGAGCCUUGGGGGCCUGGGCCACCCCGCCGGGGAGAGACUAGUCCCAAAGGUGGGCUCUGGGUGGGGGGGCGGGGUGCUCCUCCCUCGGGGCUGGAGACUGGCCACAGCUUGUAGGGGUGAGUUGAGGACCUCGGGGGGUGUGGAGGGAGCCCAAGGGGCCGUGGCCACACAGGGUGGCCUUCAGGGAAGGCAGGCGUGGGGCAUGGUGGAGGGCAGCAGGUGCCGGUGAGGCAGAGGCGGAGGAGGGAAUGGGUGACAGGAGCGGGGGCCAUGGGGCCCGGGGAGACAGGGAUUGAGGGCACGUGGAGUGGACGUGGGGGGUCUGAGGAUGUGUGACAGGGACAGAGGUGGGGCAGGCCGAGGGCUGGGCGUGUGGAGGCAGUCACGCCCUCGUAGUGGCCCUGAGCGCCCCUCGACUCACCCAGAGCUGGCCAGUCCCCAGCCCACACCGAGGCCGGGCCCUGGGGAGCAGCGAGAGCAGGGGGAGGGGGUGUGCUUCCUUUUUGUUGGUGAUGCAUGCAAAUCAAGUGGACGACGAAAUAACAACAACAACAAAAGGAAACUCCAGAGAAGCCACAAAAGCAACCAGCGCCAAAGGCAAGGAAGCCCGCUGGGUGUAGCUGAAGCGAUCUAGGCUAGGCGUCACUGUACCCUCCAUCCAGCUCACCGACUGUAGUUACUACUAGGAUAGUCACAAAACGCCGCAUGUUUUAAAAAGUACUCGAAGUCAUCUUUUCUCUGCCCCCCACCCCGGGGGUGGCCACCUUCUUCCGCUCCAAUCCCCUUUGUGAGGGGAGGGGGGCAGGGUGCGGGGCCAGUAGGCCUGGCUCCCGCCCUCCCUCAUGGGCCCCAGCCACAGGGGCCUUUGUGGGUAGCCGGGAAGGUCGCGUGGCUGGCCCCAAGGGCCAGCUGCCUGAGUUUAUUUUUAUUUAACUUUAUUUUCUGUUUUGUGAGUGUGUGUCGGCCCGUUUCCCCUCCCCGCCUUCAGUGUUAAAUGGGAGCCUCUCCUUCCCCCCUACCUUUCCCAUGUCUCCCCCCCUCCACCCAGUCACCAGUCACCAGCCAUCCCUCUCCAUCAGGCAGAGGGUGAAGUGGGCAGGUGGGGGCCUGGGGCGGCCUGGGCCCGGCCCAUGGUCUACAACCCCUUCUCAGGCUGCCAGUACUGCCCCGUCCCUUUUUAAAACGAAACGCCCUCGUUUGUAAAUCCUUAGACGCUUGAGAAUAAAACCCCUCCCUUUUC